AUGAAGAAUCAAAUUUUUCCAAGAAAAUUUGAAAUUGCCACCGCUAACGUUAAUGUUAUUAUUAAUACCUAUUUAAAUGGAUUUUGUAAAAAUAAAAGAAAAUUCACAAAAAAAAACAUUAUUACAACAACUACUACUUGUUCAAAUCAGUUUCAAAGAUCAUCAUUAUUGCUUCAUUGUAAUUUAACAACGAAUAAAGGACAUUACAAUAUUCCCAACGUUAACAUCAACAAUAAUAGAUUAAAAUAUUAUUAUUCUAGUGAAUCUUUUAAAAAAGAAACAAAAGAAGACGAUUAUUAUGAAUCAAUAUUUAAAAAGAAAAAUAGUAAUUUAACACCUUUUGAAAUUUUUAAUUUACCAAAAAACGCCAAUGAUGCUGAAAUUAAAAAAAGAUAUUUUGAAUUGGUAAAGAAAUAUCAUCCUGAUAGUAGUAAAGACAAUUCAACUGAAUCAUUGGAUAAAAAUGAAUUUUCCAAUAAUCAAGAAAUAUUUAUCUCAAAUCCAUAUUUAGCAACACUUAUCGUAACAUUGUUAUUAUUUGGAUUAGCAGUUCAAUAUUGUAGAAUCGAAUAUUUUGUAAAUUAUAAUAGAACAUAUAAAGAUAAAAGUCAUAUUAAAGCUUAUGAACAUUUAGCAAAUUCAAAAAAAAAUAGUCUACAAAAUGCAAAAAGAAUAAAAACUGAAGUAAUGUUAGAUUCAAUAUUUUUAAAUAGUGAAAAUGUUAAUGAUAAAAACAACAAUAAUAUUUGUAAUAGUUCAACUAUUUCUUCAUUAUGA